CGUCGAUGUUUCCCGAAAUUUUUAACCUUGAGAGUGGCGCGCUUUCUUAAAGGAAAAGACCCUUCACAUUUUCGUUAAUUACAGAAUUGGCACAAGGACACGCUAAAACCGACCCAAAUUAACCAUAACGAAUGAUGAAGAUUGAAGGAUGAUCUUCUCACUUAACUCCGCUUCUUUUUUCUCUAUUUCCCACACUUCACAGUCUGUACUUCUCUUCCCUCGAAACCCUAAAUCGUGCUCUAGGGUUUUCAGAAUCCUUAGAGCUUGCUCUAAUUCCACCGACGAACCUCUCGUAUCUGUUUCCGGCCGGAGAACUAAUUACGCAGGAGUUCGAUUGGAGGAGACCGUGGUCGAUGUCAAUUCCGAUUCAGGAAAGCUGAGGCUGGAUUCUUGGAUUUCUUCUCGCAUAAUCGGUAUAAGUAGGGCUAGAGUGCAAUCGAGCAUUCGGUCGGGGCUUGUAAGCGUUAAUGACAGGGCUGUCGAUAAGGUUUCCCAUGUUAUCAGAGCUGGGGACAAGGUUAAUUGCACAAUAUCGGAGUUGCAACCCUUAAGGGCUGAACCAGAGGAUAUACCUUUAGAUAUAAUUUAUGAAGAUGAACAUGUACUGGUGGUCAACAAACCUGCACACAUGGUUGUUCAUCCUGCACCUGGCAAUGCUAGUGGCACACUUGUAAAUGGUAUUCUUCACCAUUGCAGUCUUCCCACAGUUGCAUUGCCAAACAGGGACUCUGAGGAAGAUAAUAUUUCGGAUGAUGAGUUCAAUAGUUUUGCUGCAGGCCAGAAUUGUGGCACAUGUGAAACUAAUAUUCGCCCUGGAAUUGUGCACAGAUUAGACAAAGGCACCAGUGGAUUGCUUGUUGUUGCGAAGGAUGAGCAUUCUCAUGCCCAUUUAUCUGAACAGUUCAAGCUACACACCAUCUACAGAGUAUACAUUAGUCUUACAUCUGGAGUACCCACUCCACUUUCUGGACGAGUGGAGAUCCCAGUAGGUCGUGAUCCAAAUAAUCGAAUUCGCAUGACUGCUGUUCCUGGACCUAGUAACUCUGGACAGGCCCGUCAUGCUGCUAGUAGGUAUAAAGUUAUUGAAAUACUUGCUGCUGGUGGUUCUGCAUUGGUUGAGUGGAGAUUAGAAACUGGGCGCACUCAUCAGAUUCGUGCACAUGCCAAGUACCUGGGAAUCCCUCUACUAGGAGAUGAGGUCUAUGGAGGAACUAAGAACAUGGCCCUGUCUCUGCUUCGGCCCAGAAUCCCAUCUAGCCAUCAUGGUCAACUGGCACAGCUGGUUUCGAGAUUGGAUAGGCCUUGCCUCCAUGCCGUGGCUCUUGGGUUUAACCAUCCAAAAACAGGGAAGAACGUACACUUUUCUUGCCAACCUCCUGAAGAUUUUGCUGAGAUUUUGAGUUGGCUUCGUAAAAUUAGCACAGAGAAGAAAAAAGGUCUGAUAUUGUAGCUUCUCCACCCAUGGCGUCACCAAAGUCUUGUGUGAUCAUGUGGACAAAGAGGGGUAGGAUUCGUUACCUUAUCUACUACCCCUAUCUUGCAUUCCCAACCCCAAUCUCACCUGUUGUCCGGAUAUUCCAGUAGAUUCUACUAUCAAGGGAAUUAAAUAUCAGGAAAAAAUGCAUUGACACAAAAGAACGAGGACUUGGGAUGUGGGAGAUUCUUGCUGCCAGAGUGUUUUUUAAUUAAAAUUAUUAAAUCAUAGCUGGCGGAGAUUCUAGUUCUUUAUUUAUUUAUUUUUUCUUCUUUAAUAUAUGUAUCACAAUAAGAAAUUAUAGGGCGCUAUGCAGUCAUAUGAUGUUUUCAGCUGCCCAAUCUAUAUGAACUGAUGAUGUUCAUUAUGCA